UAAGAAAAGUGCUUCUCAAAGAGGGAAAAGGCCGAGUGGGCAGGGGAGGGAAAGGAUUGAUUACCCACAUGAUCACCUUGGACGCUAUUUUCUUUCCAGUCAUGGACUCUCAGGGACGUUUCCUGCAGAAGCUCCAUUCAGUUGAUUUCCUGUGUAUACAAACCAUGUUCUGGUGCUGGUGGGUGAAUUAAUUCCCUUGCUUGCUAGUGGGAGGUAGCAGAAAUGCAGGGCAGUCGUGUCCGCAUGUUAGAUCAAUCGUAGUCGCAAUAAUGGGGAAAGAGCUUCAUUGGGUUGGGAAUCAGUGGGAAGAAACUGUACUUAGUUCCCCUUUUUUUUUUUUUUCUAACUUUUUACCUCGUUGUUUGUCCUUUUUCAACUGUAGCCAGCAUGCCGAGAAGAACAAACCAGCCCAAAGUUUGUACAAGGUAAAUCCAAGAGUAGGAGGAUUGGUACAUGCGUAUCUUGGUUUGGCCUUCUUGUUUUGUGUAAAAUUCCGAGUAACAGUACUCGUUGUUUCUUGGCUGACAAGCCAAGUUAGUGCCCACACACUUAAAUGAAGUGUCCCCAAACAGUAUAUGAAACCCUC